CUAGGACCCCGUGAAAAGUUUCCCACUUCUCUUCAUCGCUAAAUCGACAGCAUAUAAUGGUUGAAAAUAAUAUUUAAGCUUUAGCUGACCUGUUUCUCUCUGAGAAGCCUGUGAGGUUAUCAGGAUGGAUAAAGCUCUGUUGAGAGAGCGAGAGCUCUUCAAAAAGAGAGCACUGUCCAAUCCCGCUGUAGAGAAGAGACCAGCAACAUCUGAUGCCUCUGGAUCUUCCAAGAAGAAGAAGAGCAGACCUGACAAAGAGACGUCAUCCUCCUCCAAAAACAGCACAGAUCCCAGCAAUGGCUCUUUCAAUCUCAAAGCACUUUCUGGGAGCUCAGGAUACAAAUUUGGAGUUCUGGCCCGAAUUGUCAACUACAUGAAGACGAGGCACCAGAGAGGUGAUACUCAUCAUCUGACUCUGGAGGAAAUUCUGGACGAGACCAAGCUGCUGGACAUUGGCAUGAAGCAGAAGCAGUGGCUCAUGAGCGAGGCAUUAGCAAGUAAUCCUAAAAUUGAUGUGAGGGAAGGGAAAUAUGCAUUUAAACCCAAGUUUCAUCUGAAGGAUAAGAAAGCCCUGCUAAGACUGCUGGACAAACACGAUCAGCUGGGACUAGGAGGAGUGUUACUCGACGACGUGGAAGAGGGUCUGCCCAACGCAGCCAAGGCUAUUAAAGCGCUUGGGGAUCAGAUUAUAUUUGUGACCAGGCCAGAUAAGAAGAAGGUUCUUUUCUACAAUGACAAACACUGUCAGUUUGAUGUUGAUGAAGAGUUCCAGAAGCUGUGGCGCAGCGUUCCUGUUGAUUCCAUCGAUGAGGAAAAGAUUGAAGAGUACCUGAAGAAACAGGGCAUCUCAUCCAUGCAGGAGACAGGACCAAAGAAAAUAGCGCCCAUGCAGAAGAGGAAGAAACCUGGAACGCAGAGAAAGAGACGCUAUAAGACUCAUAAUGAUCAUCUGAACGGAGUAUUGGAGGACUACUCUGAUGGAGUUCCCUCCAAGAAGUGACACACACACACACACACACACACACACACACACACACCUUAGAACUGUACU